CAUGCAAUCCACCAAAAUUAAGUUAAAAUACAUAUAAAAAAAUGUCUGAAGUGAAGUUGUUUGGAGCUUGGUUUAGCCCUUUUGUGAAGAGAGUGGAAAUGGCCCUCAAUCUGAAAGGUGUGGAAUAUGAGUAUAUUGAAGAAGAUCUCAAAAACAAAUCACCUCUUUUUCUACAAUACAAUCCGAUAACCAAGCUAGUGCCUGUUUUGGUUCACAAUGGCAAACCCAUUUUUGAGUCCACUGUGAUUCUUGAAUACAUCGAUGAGACGUGGGAAGGUCCCUCAAUUCUUCCCAAAGAUCCCUACGAACGCGCCAUGUCGCGUUGCUGGGCCAAGUUCGUCGAGGAUAAGGCGUGUUGGGCUGCAGGAGAGGAGAGGGAGAAGGCGAAGAAGGAAGCCGAAGAAGCACUCAUGAUUCUAGACAAUGAAAUCAAGGGCAAGAAAUUCUUCGGAGGUGACAAUAUUGGAUUAGUAGAUUAUGUUGGCAAUUUUAUUGCAUUGUGGAUUCCAAUUCUCCAAGAUGUGGUUGGAUUCCAUAUUUUGACAGAACAUAAGUUUCCAAAUGUAUGGAAAUGGGGUGAUGAAUUGUGCAACGACAACUUUGUUAAGAAAAAUCUGCCGGAGAAGGAGAAAGUAAGUUCUGUGUUGAAGAGGGCCUUUGAGACUGGUAGUCUCUACUAACAACACCUUCAAACUUUAUUGUUUAGUGUUUAUCUAUGGAUGGUUCAUGGUUGUGAACUUGUGUUUCAGUAUGUGAUAGUGAAAUGCCAGAUCUAACA